UUUAAACUUAAUCAAAAUAAUAUAAGAUAUAGAAUAACUUAAUAAACUUUUUAUUUUGUUCAUACAUGUUAUGACUUAAGUUAAUUUUUUCAAUAUUAUCUAAAAAUUUGUAUAAUCCAACUCAUAUCUUUUUUUUUUUUUUUGGAGAAAUAAUCCAACUCAUAUCUAAGUGCACUCCCUAGCCAUAUUGUAUACUUAAUUGAAAUAAUGUAAUAUGUAGUAAAUUAAUAUACUUCUCUUUUGUUGUUGUUUUAUAUACGUUAUUAUUGAAGUAGGUGGAAAGCGCCAAAGUUGACUACUUUUUGUUGGGAUGAGUUGAUUAGUUGCUGGACUUCAUAGAUGUGCAGAAAGAAAUUGCUCAACUGCCAAGGAGAUAUUCUCAUCAAUAACCCUAAAAACUAGAUCUGGCGGCUGACUUGUUUUUCUUUUGGUGAAGAGAGAGUAAGUUGUAGAGAAUGGCUGAGGCAAUUGUUUCCUUUGUGCUCCAAAGGGUCGGAGACUUCACCACUCAGGAAGCAAAGUUCUUGUCUGGAGUCAGCCAUCAAGUUGAGGUUUCACAAACUGAGCUACAGUUGAUGCAGAGAUUCUUGAAAGAUGCAGAUGCAAGACAAGGAGAAGAUGCAAGAGUCCAGAUUUGGGUUGCCAAGAUUAGAGAUGCUGCCUAUGAUUUGGAAGAUGUUAUUGAAACUUAUGGCUUGAAAGUGGCUUCCAAGAAGAAAACAGGUAUGAAGAAUGUUCUUAAAAGAUUUGCCUGCAUCUUCAAGGAACGGGUUGAUCUUCGCAAGAUUGGGGCAGAAAUUGAGAACAUUAUUGCUAAAAUUUCUAAUUUGAGGAUGAGUUUGCAAAGCUAUAACAUUGUAAGGGAAACAAGAGAGAUUGGAGGUGCAUCUUCUUUGCAAUCAUUUGAGAGACAACAACAACUAAGGCGAACUUAUUCUCAUGUUAUUGAACGUGAUGUUGUUGGGAUAGAAGACAACGUAAAGGAAAUAGUCACACAUUUGGUGAAGGAAGAAAGUUGCCUCCGAGUUGUUUCUAUUUGGGGUAUGGGUGGUGCAGGGAAAACCACACUUGCAAAACAAAUUUAUCAUCACAAAGAGGUUAGGUGUCAUUUCAAUAGCUUUGCUUGGGUGUGUAUAUCUCAACAGUGUCAAGUAAGAGAUGUUUGGGAAGGCAUUUUAAUUAAACUCAUUUCUGCCACCAAGGAACAAAGAGAAGAAAUUGCAAAAAUGAGGGACUAUGAAAUAGCCAAGAAGCUUUUUCGCGUCCAGCAAGGAAAGAGAUGCUUGGUUAUACUUGAUGACAUUUGGAGCAUUGAGACAUUUAACUCUUUGAAAGCUGCAUUUCCAUUAACAUGUGAGGAAACACAAAGCAGAAUUUUACUUACAACACGCAAUGAAGCAGUGGCUUUGCAUGCUGAUAGAAAUGGUUUUCUCCACCAACCCCAGGCACUAAAUGAAAUCAAAAGUUGGGAACUAUUUGAGAAGAUAGCAUUACUUGGAAGGGUUGAUAAAGAUUCUGGAGUUUACAUAAAGAUGAAAGAACUCGGAAUGGAGAUGCUUCGGCAUUGUGCAGGUUUGCCAUUAGCCAUCACUGUUCUUGCCGGAGUUCUAGCAAGAAAAAACACUGUUAACGAGUGGAUUACAGUGCAUGCAAAUGUUUAUGUAUACAUAAGGAGAGGCAUAGGUCCUGAAGAAGAAUAUGCAGGUGCUUCAUGGGUAUUGGCAUUGAGUUAUGAUGACUUACCUUAUCACUUAAAACCAUGCCUAUUGUAUUUAGGCCAUUUUCCUGAAGAUUUUGAGAUUCCGGUGAAAAGAUUGACCCAAUUAUGGAUGGCAGAAGGUCUCGUCUCACUGACACAAGGACAAGGUUUAGGGGAAGCAAUGGAGGAUAUAGCGUACCAUUGCUUAAGUGAGUUGAUGAUAAGGUGUGUGGUUCAAGUUGGAGAAACGGGUUCAAUUGGUACGAUUAAAACUUGUCGAAUCCAUGAUCUUGUAAGAGACUUGUGUUUGUCAAAGGCAGAAGAGGAGAACUUUCUCCAAGUUGUGAAUUCUUCGCAGAGAAACGAGGCAAUCAGUCCUUUUUCUUCUUCUAUGGUAACCAAGGCAGCACCAUUGGGGAAAGUUCGAAGACUUGCCAUCUACUUGAAUGAGAAUGCUGAUAAGUUGGUUCCAUCAAGAUAUGAGAAAGAUGACCACCUUAGAUCUCUCUUAUACUUUGGCUUAAAAGAAUGGAGGAGACAAUGUAAAAGAUUGAUACUUACCAUGUUUAAGGAUUUCAAAUUACUUAGAGUUUUGAAGGUUGAAGGUAUGAACAGAGAAGCAGAGUUGCCAAGUGAAAUUGGAAAUAUGGUCCACUUAAGGUUUUUAAGCCUGAGGGGAAGUAAUAUAAAACGGAUUCCUGCAUCUCUGGGUAACUUGAUAUGCUUGCAAACUCUAGAUCUUCGAGUUGAAGAUAGUUGGCUGUUCAUCCCAAAUGUCAUAUGGAAGAUGAAACACAUAAGACAUUUAUAUUUGCCCUUUUUUUACCGGCUUCGACUAAGCGGUAAACUGAAAAUUUCUACGCUUCACAAUUUACAGACAUUAUAUCCUGUUUCAAGCUCCAAUUGUGAUUUGAAUGAUCUUACUGGUCUAACAAAUCUUAGAAAACUGAGUAUAACGCUGUCAAGCCCCUUAGAAAAUCUGGAGGAAAUCUUGAAAUCUACUGGCAGCACGCUUAACCAUAUACGGUCUCUAUUUGUGUACACAGAUUUGGCAGUCACUGGUUCUACAGAGCAAGUUACGCAAAUAGUAUCAAGUUGUCGUCAUAUAUACAAACUGAAGCUGGAAGGGCCAACCGCAGAAUUACCGAGAGAGCUCCAUUGCUUUCCCAACCUCACCAAGUUAACACUGCGUCGCUUCUUUCUCAAGGACGACCAAAUGGGAAUUAUAGAGAAGCUGCCAAACCUAACAACUCUGAGGCUUGAACAAAACACUUUCAACGAGGAUGCAAAGAUAUUGGUUUUUUCCAAAGGAGGCUUUCCUCAUCUUCAAUUUCUUUCACUUUUUCACAUGUCUGAAGUAAAAGAGUGGAGGGUGCAGGAAGGAGCCAUGCCUAGUCUCCGCCGACUGAGCAUUAAAUAUUGCAACGGAUUGACGACAAUUGUAGAUGGGCUGAGAUAUCUUACUACCCUCAGGGAAUUAAGCAUUGAAGGGAUGUCAAGUACAUUCCAGAGUAAGCUUAAGGCAGGAGGAGAGGAUUUCCAUAAAAUUCAACAUGUGACUUCCCUUGUAUUUGGGUAACCCCAUGGCCCGCCCACUGCAUCUUCCAUGGAAAGGUUAAUUCUGGUGUUUUUUGUUUAGCAUUUUGUCAAUGUUACAUAUAUGGGCUUUAAUAUGUUGAAUGAAAUGAUCCAGGUUUGUAGAUGCUCUGUGUGUUGGUGUUGAUCUUCUAAAUGGAAUGAGUACUGAGUAUGCAUUAUCCUACUGUACUAGCAGCUGGGACUUGCAUGACAUGGGGAAAAUAUAGAUUUGCAGAUCAAGCUGAUGAUCAAGCAAAUUGUUCAAGAGAAGAAAGGAAAGGUUGACAGGUUGAAUUGUGCAAGACAUGUGAUGUGAAAUGGAAUCAGCUGAGUUUGUCUGAUGGUUACUUGGAGUUCAAAUGGAAAUCUACGUUUUAUGGCGUAUUCAAUGUUUUGUGAAAAUUGAAAUUUUUUGGGUCAAUGUUUGCCUGAAAUGAUUCGAUUGUUUGGUGUAUAUAUACAGCAUUCUUUUUGUGGCAAUUUAGAGUUGUUUUUUUUGGGUCAAAGUGUUUCCCCUGUAUUUUGGAGGGAAUGUGUUGAUGCAAAUUUGAUUGUAAUCAUGAAGCUGUAAAAGCAGAGGCCUUCGGCUUUUUUUGUUUGCUUGUAUGUGAUUAUUUACAUAAUGGUCUAGCAGGAUAUUCUUAUAUCUACUUCUUUGACAAAUUAGUGGAUACAUCUUAAACCUUUUCA